AGUUGUUUAUAUUUUUCUAAUUUGAAGUCGGCCGCAUUGGGUGGAGCCGCUCACCUGGUGAACUUCUGCAGUACAGACACAAUAGCUGGAGUAUUGAUGGCUCAACGCUAUUAUGGCUGUCCAAUGGCUGGCUUCUCCAUUCCAGCAGCUGAACACAGUACCAUCAUAUCUUGGGGAAAGAACAAGGAGAAGGAAGCCUUUGAGAGCAUCCUUGACCAAUUCCUGUCGGGUCCGGUGUCGGUUGUUAGCGACAGCUACGACAUUUUUAACGCCUGUAAACACAUCUGGGGAGACAAGCUAAAGGAGCGAGUCAUGGAGCGCAGCGAAGACUCCUGCCUGGUGAUCCGACCAGAUUCUGGAGACCCAGCAGAGACCUUAAUUGAGGUAAAGAAGAGAAAUACGCUGCUCUUCCUUCCACAGGAUCUUCUGGUGACUGUCUUUGAGAAUGGCAGCCUGGUGCAGGACUACUCUCUGGAGGAGAUCAGGAAGAACGCUUUGCUUCGGGAUGAGGAGCUCAUUCCAAACCUGAACCACCAUGAACACGAGCUGCUGCACAACCACAUCAACGGCAGCAUUCAUUAGAGUGCCGGCGCCAUCGAUGGGCGCCACGGUACUCUAUGCACCACGCUGCGUCGGGUCAUUCAGAAAUCACAGAUGAUAUCAUGACGUGUUGAUUAUUUCCUGCCAAGAACCACAAACGACCCACUGCUGCAACCUUCACGUCUGAGAGCCAAACCCCCCCUCCAUGUACACCCGCUUCCCUCACAGCCAUAAAGUUCGGCCAUGUUUCCGCCGCAGCGUGAAGCUCAGGUUAAAUAUGAGUUAAAGUUCUUC